AUUUUUCCUUAUAACAAAAAGAAUAACCACUUUUUUUAAUCACCUAUUCCAAUUCAAUUUAUCAAUUUAUAUCAAACACAUAUUCUUCUUUUAGGAUAUCUUUAUCGUAUACACGUGAUCAUCAUUUAAAAAACAUUUAACAAAUUAAAUAUAUAUUAAAUGGACUCAAUAAGUAUGGAAACAGCUUCAAAUUAUGGAAUAAUUUUAUCAAGAACAAUAGGAUGGAUAUAUUUCUUUGCAUGGUCAAUAAGUUUUUAUCCACAAGCGAUAUUAAAUUGGCGAAGAAAAAGAGUACAUGGAUUAUCCAUAGAUUUUCUAUGGUAUAACGUCUUUGGAUUUGCAUGUUAUACAAUCUUUAAUUUAGCUUUUUUUUCAUCCGAACAAAUACGUAAAGAAUAUCGAGAUAGGAAUAAUGGCAAAGAUAACUUGGUACAAAUUAACGACGUAGCAUUUUCUUUACAUGCAUUAAUAUUAAGUACAAUCACUUUAGUUCAAACAUUCAUAUAUAAGAGAGACCAAUCUCAACAAAUAUCAACUGUUGCAUUCUCAUUAAUGUCUAUAUUAUUGUUCUUUUCAUCUUCAUUGUUGUUUGGAGCUAUCUUUGGAUUAUGUCAUUGGAUUGAUCUGUUAUAUUAUUUGAGCUACGUCAAGUUAUGUUUUAGUUUCAUCAAAUAUGUUCCCCAAGCGUACUUAAACUUCAAAAGAAGAUCUACUGUCGGAUGGAGUAUCUAUAAUAUAUUAUUGGAUUUCACCGGUGGUAUUUUAUCUAUCUUCCAAUUAGUGUUGGAUGCGUACUUACAAGAUAAUUGGCACGGCAUAUUAGGGGAUUAUGUAAAACUUGGUCUUGGAUUUCUUAGCAUAUCAUUUGAUUUAUUGUUCAUGACACAACACUAUAUACUUUAUCGUAAUCGGGAAGAUCCUGAUAUAUUGGAUAUAUUGCCAGAUGAAAAUUCGGAAAGUACUCUUUUAAUAGCACCACAAUCAGAUAAACAAUUAAACAGAUACGUAUAAUAUAGUAUAAUAUAAUAAUAAUAUAAUAGUAUUUAGUUAUAUGAUUUUCAAAAGUUAUAUAGAAAUAUUAUAAAUAUUAUAGAAAUAAAUAGUAAAAUGUAAAUAAAUAAAUUACCUUUUAUUUAAGGGGAGGGCCAGAAAUUUUUUAGACCCCCUUCCCCCUUAUUUAUUAUUACUUAUAUAAUAAUUCCCCCUUAGCGUGUGUUUUCUCAAAAAUUAUGGUAAUCAAACUUGCUCAGUACCCUCGAAAAUAACCGGAAAAAAGAUUUAAUUAGUACU